UCUCUGCGCAGGGGCAGGAAGAUGUUUACUUCCUUGGGGCUGGUGCUUGCUGUCCUCUUGCUAGGAGCCUGUGCCUCUCUGCAGGACAGAGGCAACCGCAGCAAAGUGCUGCUGGUCUCCUUUGAUGGCUUUCGGUGGAACUACGACCAGGAUGUGGAGACCCCCAAUCUGGAUGCCAUGGCGAGAGAAGGGGUCAAGGCACGUUACAUGACUCCUGCCUUCAUCACCUUGACCAGCCCAUGCCACUUCACCCUGCUGACUGGGAAGUACACAGAGAAUCACGGCGUGGUUCACAACAUGUGGUACAACACCAGCACCGGCCAGAAGUUACCCUAUUACAACACACAGGGGGUGUCCAUGUGGUGGGACAACGGCAGCCUGCCCAUCUGGAUCACAGCACAGAGACAGGGCUUAAAGACGGGCUCCAUUUUCUUCCCUGGGGGGAAAGCAACCUACCAAGGUGAGCAGGUGAAUGUGAAGAAAGUGGAGUCCCUUUUCCACAAUUACAGCAAUGAAACUGAGUGGAUGCAGAACAUUGACACUGUCAUGAACUGGUUCCUGGAAGACAAUUUAGACUUAGUCACUCUCUACUUUGGGGAGCCAGACUCCACGGGACACAAGUAUGGCCCUGAAUCCCAAGAGAGGAAAAACAUGGUUGGCCAGGUGGAUCGAGCUGUUGGCUACCUAAGGAGACGCAUCAAGGAUAAUGGCCUGGAGUCUACACUCAAUCUGAUCAUCACAUCUGACCACGGGAUGGACACGGUCAUAAAGGAGAAUGAAAUUUACCUCCGCACAGUGCAGAACUUCUCCUUCCAAGACAUCCAGUUUGAACUCUUGGAUUAUGGGCCAAGUGGGCUACUGGUGCCAAAAGAAAAUAAACUAGACCAGGUGUACCAGGCCCUGAAAAACGCCCAUCCAAAGCUCCAUGUCUACAAGAAGGAAGAGUUCCCCAAGAGAUUCCACUAUGCAAACAACACCAGGCUCACUCCCCUGAUAAUGUACAGUGACCCAGGAUAUGUGAUCCAUGGGAGAAUCAAAGUCCAGUUUAACAAGGGGGAGCAUGGCUUUGACAAUGAAGAUAUGAACAUGAAAACCAUCUUCCGGGCCGUGGGACCAGCCUUCAGGAAGGGGCUGGAGGUGGAGCCGUUUGAGAGCGUGAAUAUCUAUGCCCUCCUCUGCAAUCUGCUGGGGAUCACGCCUGAGCCACAUGACGGGUCCCUGAGCGUCAUGCAGCCCAUGCUGUCUGGUCACUCCGAUCCUGGGGCAGAAUCUGGUGCUCUCUCCACUCGCCCCAAGGAGCUACAGCUGGUGGUGGCAAUUGUUGUGGUGCUGGGACUCUGGCUCGGGAUAUACUAAUUUACAGAGAGUUCCCUGUGGUGCUGGAAGAAAAGCCCUGUGUACAGAGCUGGGGAAGAACAUCUUGAG